AUGGAGUCGGCAUUAGACGCUCAAGGACUUUGGGAGGUGAUUGAUCCGGUAAUAGGUGAUGCCGUGGAUGAGAAGAAAAACAAAGUUGCUAGGGCGGUUAUUUUUCAAGCGCUAUCGGAAGACAUACUUUUACAAGUUGCUAAAAACCGAAGUGCGAAAGAUAUUUGGGAAGCUUUACGAAUAAGCGGAUUUGUUUCAAGAUAUAGCAGUCUUGGGUCAAGUCUUGAUGAUGAAGCAAUAGUUCGAAAGUUGUUAGAUUAUGUACCAAAGAAGUAUCUUCAAAUUGUUGCUUCUAUUGAGCAGUAUUCGGAUAUCGAGAGCAUGCCGUUUGAAGAAGCAAUAGGCAGGUUGAAGGCCUAUGAGGAACGAAUCAAAGAGCAAGACGAGACGAGUGAUAAUGAUCAAAGUAAGGUCUUAUUAUCUAAAACUGAUGGUCAAACUUCUAAUACCAGUGGACAAGACUCUAAAGCCGAUGGUCAAGAGAAGAAUGAAGAGUCUGGUUGUAAGUGUUGUGGACGAGGAUGGUCUAGCCAAAGUGAUCGUGGAAGAGGUCGUGGUCGUGGUCGAGGAGGACGAUACCAAAGGGAUAAAAGGUUUAUCGUAUGUUAUAAUUGUCAAGAAAAAGGUCAUUAUGCAAGUGAAUGUCCUAAGAAGGAGUCAAAGGAAGAAGUAGCAAACUUGGCCGAAUAG